AAACAGAAUACAAUUUUGUGGGUGUGUGUAUAACAAAAUCAAACAGAUACAGAAGCAGGACAAAAAAAGCCAGACAUAGACAAGAGAAGAAACUCGAGAUCCGAACCAAAGAGAUAUGUCUGCAUCAGCUUCGAUGAUGUUGUGUGUCUCUAUAUAUAUAUACGUUUAUGUCUCUGUCAAAUUUGCGAUUCUUGAGAAUUAAUGAAAGAGCGUUAGGUUAGAGAUCAGAUCGAGUGGGGAACCUUAAAUCCGUCAAUUUGGAGAAGAAGAGAGACGAGAAAAACGCAAAGUGAAAGAAAACGAUAGACUCGGAGAGAAAAAAGACGAAGCACACACAUUAUCCAUCUCUCUCUUCUCUCUCUCUCUCUCAUCACGUUUGGUGAAAGAGCACAUGGGGACACGUGUAACCCAAUGACUGAGACUACCCCACGCGCCGUCACGCAUGGCGGAGGAAUUAGCUGAAACCGGUCAAUUCGUCUCCGAAGCGAUUUCAAAGUCGACACAUUUGAAUCAUUUGAAGCAAGUUCAGUCCUUUCUCAUCGUCGCUGGUCUAAGUCACUCGCCUUUCCUCUGUUUCAAGCUCCUCCGCUUCUGCACUCUUCGUCUCUGUAAUCUCUCCUACGCUCGCUUUAUCUUUGAUCGAUUCUCUUACCCCAAUACGCAUCUUUACGCCGCUGUUUUGACUGCUUACUCUUCCUCUCUCCCUCUCCAUGCUUCCUCUGCUUUCUCCUUCUUCCGGUUAAUGGUAAACCGGUCUUUUCCUCGUCCUAAUCACUUCAUCUACCCACUCGUCCUCAAAUCAACGCCACAUCUCUCUUCUGCUUUCUCCACUCUUUUGGUGCAUUCCCACUUGUUCAAGUCCGGGUUUGGUCUCUACGUCGUCGUGCAAACUGCUCUCCUUCACUCAUACGCCUCCUCUGUUUCUCACAUCACUCUUGCCAGACAACUGUUCGAUGAAAUGUCUGAGAGAAACGUUGUCUCCUGGACUGCUCUGCUUUCUGGGUACGCGAGGUCCGGUGAUAUCUCCAAUGCUAUUGUUCUGUUUGAAGAAAUGCCUGAGCGUGAUGUUCCCUCCUGGAACGCGAUUCUUGCUGCUUGUACACAGAACGGUCUUUUCGUCGAAGCGAUUUCUCUGUUUAGGAGGAUGAUCAUCAAUGAGCCUCGUGUUCUUCCUAACGAGGUGACUUUAGUUUGUGUCUUAUCCGCUUGUGCUCAAACUGGUACGCUUCAGCUGGGCAAAGGGAUUCACGCAUUUGCAUACCGUCGUGCUCUUUCUUCUGAUGUGUUUGUUUCGAAUUCUUUGGUCGACUUGUAUGGUAAAUGUGGCAACUUGGAGGAAGCAAGCUCUGUUUUUAAGAUGACGAACAAGAAAAGCUUAACAGCUUGGAAUUCGAUGAUCAAUUGCUUUGCUCUACAUGGUAGAAGCGAAGAAGCCAUAGCAGUGUUUGAGGAUAUGAUGAAGUUGAAUAUCAAACCGGAUCACAUUACCUUUAUCGGUCUUCUCAAUGCGUGUACACAUGGGGGUUUGGUAUCAAAAGGCCGUCUUUAUUUCGACCUCAUGACAAACAGAUUCUGUAUUGAGCCGAGGAUUGAGCACUAUGGCUGCCUAAUAGAUCUUCUAGGCAGGGCAGGUCGUUUUGAUGAAGCAUUGGAAGUUAUGGCCAGGAUGAAGAUGAAAGCAGAUGAGGCGAUUUGGGGUUCGUUGCUCAAUGCUUGUAAGAAAUAUGGUCAUCUAGAUUUGGCUGAAGUUGCUGUUAAGAAUCUGGUUGCUUUGAAUCCUAACAAUGGAGGUUACGUCGCUAUGAUGGCAAAUUUAUAUGGGGAGAUGGGUAAUUGGGAAGAGGCACGCAGAGCUAGGAAGAUGAUUAAACACCAAAAUGCUUAUAAAACACCAGGAUGUAGUUGGAUUGAGAUCGAUAGCGAGGUCCAUCAGUUCUAUUCUCUUGACAAAACGCAUCCUAAGAUUGAGGAGAUAUAUAUAGUACUUGACAAUUUGAUCUCUCUCUGACACUGUGGGGAGGUCCUAGAUUUUCCAUAUUGACUUGACAUAGCUGUGACUCUGCUUUUUAGUAGCGAGUUUCUUGCACAGUUGUUGAUUUACACUGGAAAUGGCUUCAAAGAGUUGUGGAAACCGUAAUUUCGUUAAUCUCUCCACAGGUGACACUUUGUUUCUUAUACCCAAAAGCUGGUACUGUAGUGUUAUGUACUCUUUCGUUGUAGUCAAAGAAGAGUUCUU